CAGAUCAUAAACUUCACAAAAUGAUCGUCGAGCAGCCGGGCUGUGCUCCGCACCUCUUCGAAGCAUCACAGCUGGCCACAAAAUCCGUCAUAGUUUAUUCAGACCGGGCAGAGGUGAAGCGUCUGGUUACGGUAGACUUGCCAAAAGGGAAUCAGGAAAUUAUCAUACAGAAUGUCUCCGCAGUCAUCGAACGCCAAUCAGUACGAGUUGACGGUAGGGGUGUCCUAAUUCAAGAGGUUCAAUAUCAGGAAGUACCAAUGGAUAUGACACACGAAACAGACAAAAUUGUGGAAAUUGAACGACAGAAAAUUGAAGUAGAAAAUGAGCGAUUUGCAAUUGAGGACGAGUGUUGUUCGAUCAAAAAGCGAAUCGACGUGCUUGAUGGGGUGGCUGCGCAGAUUUCCUCCGGCCCGGCUUCAAUGGGCUUUUCGGGCCAAUGCUCUUCGAGCAUUCCAGCUUCCGGGAGCCAGCCCCACCUCACUCGCCGUCACACAGUCACUGGCCAGGAGCCGAAUCCGUUGGCGAUGAGCCAAAAUCAAAUGUCCACUGGCUUCUUUUUUAAUCACGAGUCAUUGGAUAACCUGGCUAAAUUUCUGGGAUAUUAUGGAGACGCCGUGCGAGAUAUGAAAAAAGAGUUGCGGAAGCGUCAGCGGGAGAGUGAACAGCUUUCGGAGAAGAUUGAUCAUUUGGACAGACAAUUGGAUCAGCUAAGAUGUCUGGCAGAGUAUGAUUCGAUUAAGAGAAACAUCAGCAUCGUGGUAGAAAUGGAAGAGCCCGGCAAGGUAGAACUCUACAUCACCUACCAAGUAUACUGUGCCGCCUGGAAGCCAUGCUACGAUAUCCGAGCCAGCUCUGCCGAAGAGGAAGAGGACAAUGGUGCAUCCGUCCAACUGUGCUAUUAUGGGCUCGUGGAGCAAAACACUGGAGACGACUGGAAGGACUGUGACAUUGUGCUUUCAACUUGCUCGGCGAGCCUUGGAGGCUCUCCACCGCCUCUUUCAACACUUUCAGCGACACUUAACACAUCUAGAAGCACCCGAAGACAUCACGCAUCGUCGGCUGCUAGAAGAAAGGCUCCACUUUCAGUUCCGUCGGAGGAAGACAUGGGAUUUGGAUCUUUUGACUAUAAUGAGAUUGUUGAUGCUGCUGCUCUGCACAGAUGGCAUAAUGGAGGAGUUCGCAGUCGGAGCAGUGAGGAGAACAGUGUUAGUACGCAGGCGCUGGAGAGUACGGUAUCCACAUGUUUUUCGAUUCCACGUGCUGUCACAAUUUUGAGCAACGCUGUGGAACACAAGCUUCUGAUUUCCAAGAGUGAGCUUUCCUGCGCAUUCUCCCACGAAACCGUACCUUCUCGUUCAACAAGUGCUUACUUAUCAGCUCUGAUCACAAAUACAUCUCAACUUCCACUGCUCCCCGGGGCAGCCGCAGUUUACGUCAAUAACUGUUUUGUGACAAAGACCCAUUUGAGAUUGGUGUCUCCCGGAGAGGAAUUUCGGUGUAAUAUGGGAGUCGAUCCGUCGGUGAAAGUUGAAUACAAAGCACCAACAGUGACUUAUGAUCAGGUGGGGUUCAUGUCAAAAAGUACCUUAAUGACUCACGAGCAGCUGAUCAGUGUCCGCAGUGCAAAAGUUCGUCAAAGUGUAAAAAUUACGGUAAAGGAGCAGAUUCCAAAAAGCCAUGAUGACAAGAUUAAGGUUUCUAUCGUGUCUCCGGAGAUCAAAAGCUCGUCUUCCUCCAAGAACUCAUCUCCACCAGAUGCUCGUCUUAACAAAGACCAUAAUCUUGAAUGGUGUGUCAUUUUGGCACCCGGCCAACAUCGUCUUCUCCCAGUUCGCUACACAAUUGAGCAUCCGGCUUCGGAAUCGCUUUCCUAUAAGUUUAAUUAAUCAUUUUCCCUGAUUUAUUUAUUUUCUGUUUCUGUGUAUUGGUCGUAUUUUUUGAGUACUAAAAAUAUUCAAUUUGUAUCAAAUUACCCACAUUUCUUCUCUGGUUUUAGUUCUUUCAAUUGUUCUGUCUCAAAGAUGAUAAUAAAUGUUUUUUUUUG